AUGUGUGUAAUUGACUCUGACGACACUGAUGAAGGUGGAAGCUUUCUCUGUUUUGACAAGUCGCACACGCACGCUGAGGAUGAUCUCUUCAAGACGCUGUUCGCCGGAUACAACAAGUGGUCGAGGCCCGUGCCCAACAUCUCCGACGUGGUCAUUGUCAAGUUCGGACUGUCCAUCGCUCAGCUCAUUGACGUGGAUGAGAAGAACCAGAUGAUGACAACCAACGUGUGGCUUAAACAGGAGUGGAACGACUACAAGCUCAGCUGGAGACCGUCUGACUACGACAACGUGACGUCCAUCCGAGUGCCGUCAGAGCUCAUAUGGGUCCCAGACAUCGUUCUCUAUAACAAUGCCGAUGGUGAGUUUGCCGUGACCCACAUGACCAAAGCUCACCUGUUCCACACGGGUAAAGUUCGCUGGGUCCCUCCGGCCAUUUACAAGAGCUCCUGCAGCAUCGACGUCACCUUCUUCCCCUUCGACCAGCAGAACUGCAAAAUGAAGUUUGGCUCCUGGACCUACGACAAGGCCAAGAUCGACCUGGAGCGCAUCGAGAACACGGUGGACCUCAACAACUACUGGGAGAGCGGCGAGUGGGCCAUCAUCAAUGCCGUGGGGACGUACAAUACAAAGAAAUACGACUGCUGCCACGAGAUCUACCCGGACAUCACCUACUUCUUCAUUAUCCGGAGGCUCCCCUUGUUUUACACCAUCAACCUCAUCAUCCCCUGUUUGCUGAUCUCCUGUCUCACGGUCCUGGUUUUCUAUCUGCCGUCCGACUGCGGUGAGAAGAUCACCCUGUGCAUCUCGGUGCUGCUGUCCCUCACUGUCUUCCUCCUCCUCAUCACGGAGAUCAUACCCUCCACGUCCCUCGUCAUCCCCCUGAUCGGCGAGUACCUCCUCUUCACCAUGAUCUUCGUCACCUUGUCCAUCGUCAUCACCGUCUUCGUGCUCAACGUGCACCAUCGCUCGCCCAGCACUCACAAGAUGCCCCGCUGGGUCCACACCGUGUUCCUGGACCUGAUCCCCCGCUGGCUGUUCAUGCGGCGGCCCGCGCCGGACGUGCGGCGACGCAGGCUGUUGCUGCUCCAGCAGGAGACAGCUGCCAUGAGGCGGCAGGUCAGGCUAUCCGGGUUCAAAUCCGGCCUCAGCACUUCGGCUAACUGGUUGAGGGACGGAACCACGUCCAACGACCCGGACCGAAGCUGUUAUGAGGACUUAGAGCUGGGGACCCUGACUUCGUAUUUCUCCUUCCGUCCCCCAUCGCCCAGACCUCCAGGGUCGACUCCUCCUCAGCAAAAGAAAACCCCACAGAACAGCCAGAACCGACAGGAGGCGUCCGGAGGGACAAAGAGACAGUCGACAGGGGCCAGGGUCACUCCCACUCAGAGGCCGACCAAAGUAGAAAAUACUGUAUCGGACUCCACAUUCCUGCUCUCACCCAGUGUAGUGCGGGCAUUAGAGGGGGUGCACUACAUUGCAGACCACCUGAGAGCUGAGGACGCUGACUUCAGUGUGAAGGAGGACUGGAAGUACGUCGCCAUGGUCAUCGACCGCAUCUUCCUGUGGAUGUUCAUAAUUGUUUGCCUGCUUGGGACCAUCGGCCUCUUCCUGCCGCCCUGGCUCGCCGGCAUGAUCUAG